AUGACAACAGCGGAAGCGAUAAAAGCGCUUGGACUGGAGGCAAUAAGGGCCAGAGAGUGGCACGUCCAGCCGACAAAUGCCGUCACUGGUGAGGGUCUAAUAGAAGGUCUCGAAUGGCUCCACUCUGUUGUCAUCAAA